GAAAAAGUGAACACUAAUGAGAGUGUUUGGUGGAAGCAUAAUGCCAUGUAUCCUGGAGGCCUGGGUCAUUACUGGGGACUUUUGGAGGAGGUUUGUGAAGCUGUUUUAAGAAUCUGAAGAAAUGGCUGCUGUGACCGGAACGUUCCGUAUGGUGUCAGAGGAGGAACAGGCCCUUCGGGGCAAACUGGAGCAUCUCACUGUCAAGGACCAUGGGCCUGUGUUUGGACCCUGUGCCAAUCUGCCAGACCACACUGUGCAAAAGGCCAAGGACGAGCUUAAUGAGACUGAAGAGAGACGGGCAUCUUCAGUGAAGGAGCUGCGCGCCAUAAUCAAAGAAAACUGGGAUAUUGAUGAGUUGACAAAAGGUGUGCAGGAUACUUUUGGAGACAAACCCGACUCUCUGCUCCUGAGAUUCAUCCGUGCCCGUAAAUAUGACGUGACCAGGUCCUACGAGCUCAUGAAGGGUUAUGUGCGCUUCAGGCAGCAGUAUCCCGAGCUGUUUGAGAACCUGACACUGGAAGCUGUGCGCACCACCAUCGAGGCGGGAUACCCCGGGAUCCUGCCCACCAGGGACAAGCACGGCCGCGUGGUGCUGCUCUUCAACAUUGAGAACUGGGACUACGAGGAGGUCACCUUCGACGAGAUCCUGCGUGCUUACUGCAUCAUCCUGGAGAAGCUUCUAGAGAACGAGGAGACUCAGAUCAAUGGCUUCUGCAUCAUCGAGAACUUCAAGGGCUUCACCAUGCAGCAGGCCUCUAGCAUCAAACCCACUGAGCUCAAGAAGAUGGUGGAUAUGCUGCAGGACUCCUUCCCAGCCCGUUUCAAGGCAGUACAUUUCAUCCACCAGCCCUGGUACUUCACAACCACCUUCAACGCAGCCAAACCUCUCAUGAAGAGCAAACUGCUGGAUAGAAUGUUCAUUCAUGGUGAAGAGCUAGAAGGCUACUUUAAGGAAUUUGAGGCAGAUAUCCUCCCAGCCGAUUUUGAUGGGAAUGCCCCCAAUUAUGACGGCAAGGCAACGGCGUCAAAGCUGUUUGGCUCUGAGGACACCGCCCUUUAGUCAACAAAACAAUGCUGUGAUACAUAGACUCUGGAAAAACCCCCCAAAAUAAUGCAUAGGAGAUGUUGUUAGAGCAGGGAGCACUCAGCCCUGGUCCUGGGGGGCCUCUGACAGAAAACACACUGCUUUGGGGCUCAUCAGGACCGGAGCCGAGCAGCACACAUUUUACAGUGUCUCAUGUAAGAGUUGGAGAUAGCUUGUUGUUUAAGAGGUUAAUGUAUGCCAUGCAGGUGUGCACAGAACAAACCUUAGUAGAGGCUCCGCUGUCUCUCCAAAAUUGGCUAAGAACACGGAAAAGGACUAAGAUGCAAAGAAGUUACGCGGAUCUGGAACUGUUGGGUUGUAUGAACGAGAGCAGGCACUAUCUAUAUACGCUCCACAAUACUGUUAGUUAGUAUUCAGUAAUAUACCUCCACAAUACUGUCCAAUAUUAUUCAUUGAACGUGGUCAGUAAUCAUGUGUUAAUAAAACAAAUGUCAGUUAAGGUACUGUGGAUUAAUGACACUUCAGCAACACCAAUAGUAUGCCCAGCUACAAGUAUGGCUGCUGAUGGGUGUCUGAAAAUGGAAUAUCCAAAUCUGAGUGGUUUGUAAUAAGAUAAAGCCUCCCAGCAGGCUGGUUAUAAUAUGAUCAGCUGUCCCAGCAGAGUUGAAGUGUUGAGUUGGGACUCCUCUGUUCUUGUGUAGAUUUGCUAUGAGUGUGCUCCUCUGA